UGCAUUGAUGAAUCGUUGCUAAUGUGGAAAGGGCGGUUAUUAUGGAAGCAAUAUGUACCUUCAAAAAGAAGUCGGUUUGGGAUAAAAUUUUUUGUCCUAUGCAAGAUUGCAUCGUAUCCCAUCGAAUCGCAAAAAUUAUCACAAUCUCGCCCAAUGACAUCUAAUGUUUCACGCUUGAUCGAGAAACAUUUCCCGGAUUANACAACAAAAAAUCCUCUGCGAAGAUGUUCUGUUUGUUAUAAAAAAAAUAUUAGAAAAGAAUCUCGGUACUGGUGUCCGACGUGCAAAGUGCUACUAUGCGUUGUUCCUUGUUUUCCUGAAUAUCACACAACAGCAACA